AUGUUAUCGGACUCGAUGUCUGACGCAAUCAUUGUCGCCUUCUUGAACGAUGUUCGACCCGUCGUCACGACAUUCAACGAACUCGUGGCCUCGAGUGUCUCGAUGCGCGAUCCCAUGGCCUGGCUCGAAGCUGUCGCUGCUGUCCUGACCGCCGCAAAGCUUUGGUCUCUCGAAGCCUCCUUGUGGGCAUGCGCUGUGCGCUAUGUUGAGACCAUCGCCGAAACCACGCAGGCUGCGACACACGGUCUCGACUGCGAAAAGCUUAUGACCCUUGUCGAUGAUGCUGAGCGACGAUAUGCUCGGGAGACUACACGUCGAGGCGCGGAACGAAGAUGGGAGGAGGAUUUAUCGCUUUGGACGCUGACUCCGUUGCGCGAGGCCCCCGCCAAAAGAUUCAAGCGGAGCCUCCAGGCGGAAUCGACAUCACCCGUUUUUGAGCGCAAGUUCCGCUCUCUGCUUUCUGGGGCCUUGUCGCAUCGAGCCCGGCUCAAUUGUAAAAAACCAGCUAUCGUCACCACCCGGGCUCCCACCGCCAAACGUUCGUUAACACCAGACACAUCAUGCAUACUUCCUACCUCGGACGAUGCGUUGAACCUCUUUGCCUGCUCAGAAUCACACAGGAUCGGAUAA